AUGACAGAUAUGGAGGAGAAGGUGAAUGAAGCCCUGGUUGUGCUGCGAGAUGAAGGGGACUCAUUUGCUAAGAGGGCAGAAAUGUAUUACAAGAAGAGACCAGAGUUGGCAAAUUUUGUGGAAGAAACCUUUCGAGCAUAUAAAGCCUUAGCAGACAGAUAUGAUCAUUUAUCAAAGGAACUUCAAAGUGCAAACCGCACUAUAGCCAGUGUUUUCCCAGACCAAGUCCCAUGUCAUAUGGAAGAAGAUGAGGAAGAAGAAAGUGACACAGGAACUAAUUCAAUAUCAUCAGACCCCACCAAUCAAACACAUGAUAAACCAUCCAUUCCUAAAGUUCCAAAAACCCCAAAGAAGGAUUUUAGAAGCCAGUCCAUGUUGAUCUCCAGAAAGGCCACACUUAAGAAGACUCCUAGCUCUGUAAAAUACAUUCCAACAAUUUCAUCUUCUGGUCUGACCAAGGAUGAAGCUUUGGCAGAAAUUGACAAGCUUCAGAAAGAAAUAUUGUCGCAGCAAACUGAGAAAGAGUUCGUAAGGAGUUUGUACGAACGCGCCUAUGAAAAGUACUGGUCAAUUGAAGACCAGAUCACAGCAACACAGAAAAGAGUUUGCAGCUUGCAAGAUGAGUUUGGUGUUGGGACAGUGAUAGAAGACAAUGAUGCAAGAACUUUGAUGGCAGCCACAGCUCUAAAAUCAUGCCAAGAGACUCUGGACAAGUUGAAAGAGAUACAAGUUCAAGCAUCUAAAGAAGCUAAAGAGGAGUAUCAAAGAGUUAAGAAAGCUCAUGAGAUGUUUGAGAUCCUAAGAGACCAAUUCAUUUCUAAAUAUAUGACAGGUCAGCCAGAGCAUGAUGAUGGGGACAAGUGUAAGAGUGUAGAAACAGAUCAAAAAAGCAUAGAUGAAGAGAUGGAUCGGUUGGAGCAAGAGGCGCAUAAUGUGGGGCUAUUGAGAGAGAAGAUCAAACGAAAGUUGGAGGAAGAUUCAAGCAAUUCCUUAACUGUGACUGAAAUGGCUGAGUGCAUUGAUGAGCUUGUAAAUAAGAUUUGUACCUUGGAAACAGCGGUUUCAUCUCAGACUGGUUUGGUUAAGAGACUAAGAUCAGACACAGAUGGACUUCAGACAAGCAUAAGAAAGUUGGAAGAAGACAAGGAAAUGCUCAUAGAAGACUCAGAAGUUACCAAGAAGAAGCUAAAGGAAUUAGAGCGAGAGUUGUGGAGACUUAAAAUGCUCAACCGAAGUGUCAGAAGUCAAGACAACACUCUCCAAACGCACUUUACUGAAGCUACCUGUAACCUUGAGCACCUGUCUGGAAAAUUGACUUACAUGAAGCCAGAUGAGGAGGAGGAGAACUUGGUACUUUACAGGAAGAAGAGAACUGCUUCUGAUGGUAUACCAGGGAAAAAGUCUGAUAAACAUGGUGCUAACUUGUUUGUUAAUAACUUAGAUGUCAAGACAAUAAAGGAAAAAGAUGGUGCAAAUAUUCAUAAGAACGAGUCUAAUUCGAUUGGGAGUAGUUUUCUUAAUGAAAGCAUUCAGAAGCUGCCAUUCCAUGAAAAUGAUAAUUCAUCUGAUACAGUGAGCAAUAUUGACAAUGAAUCACAAGAUUUGAACACUGGUGAGGGAGAUCAACCUAACUGGAGGCAGAUGUUUAUGAGUGGAUUAGAUGACAGAGAAAAAAUUUUGCUGGAGGAGUACACAUCAGUCUUAAUGAACUAUAAGGAGGUCAGGGCUAAGCUCAAUGAUGUGGAAAAGAGAAGCCGAGACAGCAUUUUUGAGUUGACACUUCAGCUUAGGGAGAUGAAGAAUGCUCUUGUGGCAAAGGAUAAAGAGAUACAGUUUUUACGUCAGAAGCUAAACUGUCCAGAUGCAAAUCCUGAUGAAAGUCCCUACACCAACACCACGGAAUACAAAUAUACACCCAAUGAAGCAGUUCUUCGAAGAGCAAGUCAAAGAGCAUAUGGGUCAGACUCAGAAGUUUUACAUUUAAAUUCAAAUGCAGAUGCAAAUGCAAAUGCAGUUACCCCUUUCUCAGAACAUCACGGUGAAACUGAAAGCACGAGAAGUAUGACCUUAUCAUCUCUGAAAAUGACACUUGGAAGGCUCAUGGAAAAUCAGGAUAAGCGCCAUGACCUUUCGAACAUGGAACUGAAAUUCCGUUCAGCCAUCGAUGACUUAAUGGAAGAGAACUUGGAGUUCUGGUUGAGGUUUAGCACUUCAGUUCAUCAGAUUCAAAAGUUCCAAAACUCUAUUCAGGACUUGAAAGCUGAGCUGAAAAUGAUAAGGGAAAGAAACGCGAAAUCUGAAGGGCAUUCAAAUAAUAAACAUCAUAUGCAAUCUGAACUCAGGCCAAUAUUCAGACACCUUAGAGAAAUAAGAACCGAGUUAUCACUGUGGGUGGAACACAAUGCAGUACUUCAGGAUGAACUGCAAGGAAGGUACUCAUCUUUGAGCAACAUCCAAGAUGAGAUAGCAAGAGCGGGGUACGCGGAAUCCGGAGCCGACCACGCUGAGCUAAUUAGCAAGUACCAAGCUGCAAAGUUUCAAGGUGAGAUUCUCAACAUGAAGCAAGAGAACAGCAAGGUUGCAAGUGAACUUCAAGCAGGUCUUAGCCUUGUGAAGGGAAUGAAAGUUGAUGUUGAGAAGACACUUGAUGAGCUAGAUGAAGCUAUUGGUGAUAGUAGUAAGAGUGUCAGCCAGAUAAAAAAAUCCAGUAGUCGUGCUCGAAUACCCUUGAGGUCUUUCUUGUUUGGAGUCAAGUUAAAGAAGCAAAAGAAUCAUCCUUCACUGUUUGCAUGUGUCAACCCAGCAUUGCAAAGGCAACACAGUUUCAAUGAACAAGCACCAGCUCCAAUUUAGAACA